UGGUAUGUUUUUAGAUAUGAGCAAACAGGAAACCUGAGAAAGAAGAGUGAACAUAGUCAGAGGAGUAGAGACCAUUGGAUUCUGAAUUGGGCAGUUGGAGCCAUACUUGGUCGUUCUCCAUGAGAUCAAUGACAGCACUGCCAGAAGCUUGGUCAAGGUAUCCUUUCUUGUACUCAUCAUAGGUGUACAUGAUGGGGGAACCAUUUUUGUAGAGUGCGACCCAAACGUUUGUUCCCUUUGCAUGUACAUGGUAGGAGAAAUAGUACAGUCCAGGGGUCCUGCAGGUGAAGAUUCCUGUUCUGGGGUCAUAGUGUUGCUGCCUAUUGUACAAGAUUUUAUCAAAUUUGAUGGGGACUGUUGCCGCAGGGUAGGCUUUUGAGAGGAUGACACUGAAAGCAGACACUGGCAUCCCUGUAAGAGCUUGGUUCACUCCUCCCUUUAUGAAAGAUAUUCCUGAUAGCUCCCGAGACUCUCCUGCUUUAACGUAGCCUUCAGGCAUCUGUGGGAUUACAGCUUGGCCGGGGGGACCGGGAGGCCCUGGGGGGCCUGGCAAGCCAGGCUCACCAGUGCUGCCUUUAGGCCCAGGGGGUCCAGGUGGUCCCAUGGGUCCGCUUAAGCCUUUCGUGGAAAUACCUGCUGGGCCUGGCAGUCCUGGUGCUCCUGGCUCACCCUUAGCACCAGGGGUUCCUGGAAGACCAGGGGGGCCAAUGGGACCUCUGAUCCCAGGUAUUCCUGAAGGCCCUCUGGGGCCUGGUUCUCCAUUGAUCCCUGGCACUCCCUUGGCUCCUUGUGGACCCAUUGGACCAGGCAAUCCAGGUAGCCCGGCAUGGCCAAUGUCACCUUUUGGACCUGGGAGACCUGGCUGUCCCUUAGGACCAGCAAGACCCUGCUCACCUGGAUAUCCUGGUUUUCCCUCUGCUCCUGAAGACUGUGGGACAUAUUUCCCAGAAGUGAAAAAUCAUCCAGACAAAUAUUUACAGAGAUGUCCAGAGUCUGUAAAAAAGUGGCUGAAACAACUAAAAAAUGCUGGGAAGAUUCUGCUAUUAAUUACAAGUUCUCACAGUGACUAUUGCAGGCUCCUCUGUGAACAUGUUCUUGGGAACGAUUUCGAAGAGUAUUUUGACAUUUUGAUCACAAAUGCUUUGAAACCUGGUUUCUUCUCCCAUACACCAAACCAAAGACCUUUCCGAACUCUUGAGAAUGACGAGGAGCAGGAGGCUCUGCUGUCACUGGACAAGCCUGGCUGGUAUUCCCAAGGUAAUUCUAUCCAGCUCUUUGAUCUGCUGAAGAAGAUGACUGGCAAGCUGGAUCCCAAGGUUGUUUAUUUUGGUGAUAGCAUGCACUCAGAUAUUUUCCCAGCUCGUCACUAUAGCAACUGGGAAACUGUCUUCAUCUUAGAGGAGCUUCUAGGGGACAAAGCUACAGUGCCUGCAAAGGCUGAAUCUGAGCCCUUGGAGAAGAAAGGAAAAUAUGAGGGAGAUCAGCUCAAAGCUCCUUACUUCGUAUCUAAACAGUGGGGCUCUUUCUUCAUGGACAGAGUACCAGGCCUGGAAAACGCAGAGGAAACCUUAGUUCACACAUGGUCCUGUAAAUGUAUUAGCACUUACAGCACUAUUGCAAUCCCUAGUCUUGAAGCAAUAGCAGGUAAACAAUGUUUGUCACCCAUCCAGAGGAAAAAUCAUGGAAAGGGAAAGAAAACAUUUGUUUUACAAGAACAUGAUGAGGUUAACCCAAAUUUGGAGAGGAAGGUUGAUCUCGAUUUACCCCUGGAUUAUAGAUUUACACGAUUUUCCUCAAAUAGCUCUGCAACUGCCGGGUACUAUCCAAGCCCUCCAAGAGCACUGCUGCCAAAUGAGGAGUCAGUGACUAUGAAAUAGGUUGUUGGCUUUUUCCUUAAAUAACCCUGUGGCCCUUACUUAAACUGCUGUCAAAUGCUAAUUGGUGAAAAUGCUGUGUGAUGCUUCAUAAAAUAGAGUGGUGGAUUAAAGCAGAUUCCUGUGUAGACUUGUGUUUCACUUUUUUCUCUAGUUCAGCUGGAACAGAUAAGCAAUGCAUUCUUCUCUUUAAAUCUUCGAACCACCACUACCUUUUGCAAAGUGCUAUUGGCUGUUGGCUUUUUUCAUGCACUGCCCACAGCCUUCAAGAGAAAUGUAGUAGUACUAGCUCAUGCCAAGUUACAUUCUACAUUUUUGAGGACAUUUUAGGUACUAUCCCUAGGUAAGGUGAUGCUGUUGCUACCAUAAACCCCAGGAAAGACACAAACCAGACCCUCAGCCAUAUUUCAUGAAGAGUUAUCUUGUAAGUAAUAUGCAACAUUUCCAAAUUAACAUUAAGCAUUGAUUUAUUGAAAGGGAAACAUAAAGCAAAUUGGAACAAAAUUGAUAAAAACUUUUCUUUAAAACAAGGUGGAUGAGGAAUGAAAAUUAAAGUGCCAUUCUCCUCCUCACAAACUUUGGGCUGAAAAUAUUUGACUUAAGAUGGUAACAGUUAGUAAUACUUGACUUUAUUUUGAAAUUUUUUAAUUAGCAUCAAUGUCUUUGGCACCAAAUCUGACUCAUGAUAGGGAUAUGAUUUGUAUUAAGCAGAGAGAUACCUAGAUUGAAAUCUCAGAUCUCUGAUUACAUCAUCAUUGAAAUUCUAACCUGAAUCAAGUAAUCCUCUGCAAAUAAUUUCUAACUAGGUUAUGGUGCAAACCAAUAUUGUGUACCCUCACACUUUUGUGGUUCUGAAUUUAGAACUGACUUUUCUAGGUUGGGGAUUUUUUCCUUUUUUUUUUUUUAAAGAAAACUCAUUGAGUUUUUAAAGAAAAUUAGAGUGAAAAUCGUCUAAGUAAGUCCUUGGGUCCUGGUGUCUCAGUGGAGAAACAAUAUUUUUUUUAAUGGGCAGAUGGCAGAUUCUAAGACUGAACACAAAGCUCAUCAUAAGAAUUACAUAUACCUAUCUUUGACAAAGGCUGUCACCAGCCAUUUGCGCUUACUGCCAGAAGGACAUCAGAGUAGCAGAGAAACAAAAAGAUAACAGAAAGGUACUGUAAGCAUUACACCAUGUGCCACCAUAGUCUGUGACUGCAGGAAGACUUGGGAAAAAUAACUGAAGUCAUUGCCCAAAAAAUAAAGUUCCUCUUGCUGAAGACUCUUCUCUUUAAAAACCUGUGAAAAUUACACAUCUUAUUACAAAGCAGAGAUUGGCAAUGGAGGAAUGAGGAGGGCAGUUGGUGGUGUGGCAACAGGAGAGCCAUUAGAAAUGGAGGUGGUGUGAAGAGCCAGGGAGAAGAAAUGCACAUGGCAGAAAAUUGGUGGAGAUCUAUCCAUAUUUAACAUGACACUCUAAAGACACCAUCUUUGCUUUUUCCUUAUUUCUCAUUUGUUUUUGUUUUAACCCCUGGAAAUCCCUGGAAUUUCUUGGCUUCUCUUAUGAGAGGCCAUUGACAGAAAGGUUGCUGAAAUGCCUGCAAAACUAUCUUGAGCAUCAGCAGGGAGACAAAGUUGUAAAGAUUCAUUAAAAUCACUGUGUCUGGUUAGACAGCCCUGAAAGCCACAGUUUUGCUUAAAACCAGAGAUGAAUACCAAGUCUCUUUUGGUGUCUGUUUUGGUAUAAAGCACAUGUGUCUGAAUUUUAAAAUAAAGAGAAUUUAUUUCUGAAAAAA